CCAGCCCACACAAUGCCACUGGUCUCCAGCAGCAGGAGCAGGGGGCCAGGCUGCAGACAGAGCUCCUCCUCUAGAGGAUAAUCCUCAUCUCCUCACCGAGUCCUAAUGCAAUCAGGAAGGAAUCACACUCACCUCAAGGAAAACUGCGUCUGGAGAAGACUCACCGUAGGAAACCGGGAAUAGGAAAAACCCAUCGGACCAGGGGAGACAUGGAUAUUUGUUUAGCACCUUUCCCCCUGCUGUGUAUAAUCUGAUCGUGAGAAGCGGAUCUUCUAUAAUGUGACAGCUGUUGUUGAAUUUCAUCUAUUGAGGAGAAACUCAUCCCACAUCCAGCUUGUUUGUUUUUCAUUGUAAUUCAUCUUCAUCACCAUCAUCAUCAUCCAGCAUCACGAUGAAGCACAUCCUGGUUUUGACUCUGCUCAUCGCGGCUCUGUGGCGGGUCAGCGGCGAACCUCAAACUCUCCCCUCUCCCGCGAUGCAGUUAAACGCGACAUCCUCCUCCUCAUCUUCAUCAGCCCUCCUCAGCGAACACGAAGUGACCAACGUGACGGACGAUGCGGUGGGAUCCCGCAUCUCCUCUCUGAUGACGCAUCUGCCAACUCUGAAAAACAUUGUUAUUUUCAUCUGCGUGUUGACAGCUGCUCUCAUCACGUGUCUGGUCAUCAAAGUGAUCAGAUCAGGGAGACGGAUCAGAAAAACGAGAAAGUAUGAUAUCAUAACGACGCCUGCAGAACGUGUUGAGAUGGCCCCGCUUAAUGAGGAGAACGACGACGAGGACGACUCGACGCUCUUCGAUGUCAAAUACAGGUGAAUCCCAGCGUGGACGUGCAUAUCUGAUACCUCCCGAUUUGCGCAGGACAACUCAAGUGGUUCCCUUUAUUAAAUUUUUUCUGUGGUCAAGUCUAACCAAAUCAUUCUUAAUAUGCUUCUUGUGCAUGGCUUUAAUCUGUGUUUAAAAGACUGGAGCCCCCUGGAUAUCAUUGUUUGCUGCUUGACUGAGGCCUCAGUUACGUUGCCCAGUUCUUUCUAAUAUUGGAGAUCAGGAUGUUUCCUCUUGUUACUUGGAUCAGGCUGUUGUGAGCCUGGAGAUCAGUCGUCUCCAAAACAAAUCAGCACAUGCCAGUUAAGCAUUUUAGUUUUACAUUACCCCAAAUGUCAUUUACAUCGUUUUUUUGUGCUUUAGCUACAGUGUGAAGUCUGUCAGGCUGCAGAGUUUGUGUAGGAAUCAAUAGCUGCUUUGAUCCAUCUUUAUCAGAAGGCAGGGUUAGUCGAGGCUUUUUGGGAUCUAGUUUGUAAUCUUUAAAUAAAUACCAGGUGGCCUCUAAAGUCAGUUAAUGCACAAAAAUCUUUAACUGUGCAACAAAUCUCGUGCAGAAAAUACUAAAUUCUAAUUUAGAAUUUGCACAUAAAGACAAAUCUAGUUCUAUACACAGUAAUUGAUUUUUUAAACUAAACUUUAAUACCAAAUAUAUCUACUAACCACUGUAUUGUGCAUAUAUACUGUCAAUGACACUCUGUCUUUAUGGAGUAAGCGUAUAUUUUUUUUACGGUGUGUUGUUUGAAGACAUUCCUAGUUUGCUGCUAUCUCAGCUGAAGUUUUACAUUUUCAAAAUUUUAUGAAAAUCUUCAAUACUGUCGGUAUAUAUUUGUAUUUAUGGAAGACAUCCAUAUGCUGUGAAUGUGAAUUCUGCAACCUGCUGUGAUCAGGUGUGUUCGAUCCAUAGUCUGUGUAGAAAGAUGAACGACGCCUCUCCACUUCAUCCCACUGUACAAAAAUGAUGCCAACAUAUCUGAAAUCCAACAUACGAGAGGAAUCAACACCUAGACAAACAUCAGUUUGAUAAGGACCAGGGCCGGGUCUAGACAGGCAUGUAUGAGGGGGUAGCCACAAAUCUUGAGGGGGCAUUGUGCCUAACCCUAACCCUAACCCUAUUUAGUUUGAGGGGGCACAACAUUUAUUUGAGGGGGCCAGGCCCCCUCUUGCCCCUGCCUAGACCCGGCCCUGAUAAGGACUAAUUAAAAGGACACAAACCAUCUUUAAAUACAUUUUUUAUAAAGGUUUAUUUGGACUUUUAAGUUUGGUCCAUGUCCCAUCCACUUAAAUGGAGUAGGUAGGGGCUACUACCUUUACUACAGCCAGCCACCAAUGGGCAAACCGAAACCAUUUGGCUUCACUUUUUGAGAGCGUCCAUCUUUAUAUACAGUCUAUAGUUCAAUCAUGUGAUUAAAAAACCACUAAACACUAUCAUCAACAGGUUCAAAGACUGUAGUGAAGUAUGUUACAUGCACAAUGUGCACACAGUGUCUUACGUAAAGUCAGAAAAUAUCAUGUCAAGUUGCUCCUUUAGAAAUGAUCCUCUAAUCUGGCUUGUCGUGAGACCAGAGUUUGUGUGUGAGCAGCCAGUGCUGUAAUAGUAUCAUCCCCCACAAUCAUUUCCAUUAAUGGCUCACUGACCUUUGUAAUGUUUAACUUGAAAAGGGCCUUGUUUUCCUGAAGAUUUGCUUCUCUGUGCCACACGGAGGUUGGUGAAGAUUUUUUGUAUUUCUAAAUUUGGGUGAAAUAUCUUGAAAGUUUUUCAUAAACCAGUCACAGCAUGUGAGACGAUUUCUCAUGGGUUGGUGUUGUAUCCGUUUAGAUUCGGAGGAAGCUGGGUGAGACAGAUCAUUAAAACACAUGUUUCAGUACAAUAAGUUAAAGCAACAUUAAUGGGAUUUUUUUUGCAGUCUACAGAUACUGGCUUUAAUGGUAAUAGUUUGAUAUUUGGUUUUAGGAAAAAUUAGGUUCUAAAUCCUGACCAAUAAGUCAAACAUUUUCCCCCAUUAAAGGUUCAGUGUGUAGAAUUUAGUGGUGAAGUUCCAUGUUGCAGCUGAAUGCCUCACCUCACCCUAACCUUCCAAGCUGUGGCAGCUUUUAGUUGUGGUUAAAAACUCAAAAGUUGUUUUGUUUGUCCAGUAAAAAACAUGGCGUCCUUCAUAGAGAGGACCUACUCCAGAUGUAUAUAUAAAGUAUUUAAAUACAAAGGGCCCAUUAGAUGAUAACUCACUAGUGUAAACUUCACUAGGAUUAUUUUAUAUUCAAUUUCUGCCAAUAAAACCCCUUUAAAUUGAAUAUGUACGAAGCCACUCUUGCGAAUGAUGAAAUAACAGAAGCUGGUUUGUCAUAUGUCCGACAUUUUUUAUUCGUAUACAAAAUGCAAUAGAGAGAUUCAAAAUAAAUGAAAGUCCCCAAACCUUCCUCGCCUCUGUGCACCUUGACUGUAAUCUCAGUGGCCUAACACUGCAGAGUGCACCUAGAUUGGGUUUGUGCAGCACAUGGUGUGGGGGUUGUAGGUGACCUUCUGUUUAAAUCCAAACUGUUAUUUGAUAGUGCACAGUGGCCCACAGGUGCAGCUGUUUUCAAAUGACCUCCAUCCCUGGUUGAAUAAGAAAAAAGGAACUGCAUCGCCCGUGUGCAGCCUUUUCAGUCUCUCUCUUUACUUGAGAAAGAACAUUGUGUAUUUCUCCUGUGUUGACAUUUACAGAUAAUCAGAUACAUGUAUUAUCAUUGUUUCAAAUAUAAGUGCUAAUGAUGUUAAACAAACCUUCAACCGUGUUUUUUAUAUAAAUGUUCUUCGCUGUACCUUUUACUGUUGGUUGUUGUAUGCUUUUUCUAUUGGAAUAUGUUUAUUUCAGUUUAACUUAAGAUCCAUUUUUGUUCCUCUGCUAAAUUAUUCCUUGUAUUCAUCCUAUGCUGUUCCCCUCAUCCAUCUCAGUAAAAUCUUUUAAAAUGUUAUUUCAGGUUGUGUUUGAAAUCGUGGAAAAACCCGUCUUCUGUUAAAAGGCUAAAUCUGGACUUUUACUGUAACCGAAUCAUUCGCUGACGAAAAUUCCUCUCGUAAAAUGAAUCAGCGUCAGUGUGGUAGCUAUUUGAAGACUGUAGCUAAUUUCCUCAAUUUCACAUUGAGGCCAAAAACAUUAAAAGGCGACAAAAAGACUGUUUCAGAAGUUUAUUGAAAACAAAGCCCCUGACUGGUCGCGUACGCCACAGUUAUUUCCUCAGUUUCCAUCUCUUUGAAACACUGAUGAAAUAAAACCCACUUCUUUACAAGUGUUUUAAAAGAA